AAGUAGCUACAGAGAGACUCUGUCGGAGAAAACAAUAUAAGUAGCUACAGAGACUGCAAGCUUGAAGUACUUUCAUGACUUUUUUAAAGCUGCCAUCGUGUCAAUGCGCAAUUGCGCGGCCAGCAAACCACGAGCUGCGGCAAGUGGCAACAAGGGGGCCUGAAAAGUAACGCUGCGCGUCUCGCGAAAAAUCCUUCUGCUGUGACCCCAUUCCCAAGAAACGGACUUCCAAAUGUCCUCACUAUAAUCAGGUGAGCUCUCUCCUUGCGACUUAAUCGUGGACGCUGUUGGAGGGACCGAUUCGUUUAUUGAAGACAAUUGGAGCAUGGGGAGAGUAUGGACUCAUAUAUGUUGUGACUGCAACUCACGAUGACAGAUCGCAGCAGGUCUGUGGAUGCACUCUUUAAAAGUCUGGAUAUUUUAAAGGAAGCACCAUGGACGCAGCGGACAUAGUUGCUUCCGUUUUGGUUUUAGGGAUUAUUAUCGUGUCGUUGCUGUCCAACGUUGUGGUGCUGAUCUGUUUUCUGUAUAACCCAGAGAUCCGCAAACAGGUACCCGGUCUUUUUAUUCUCAAUUUGACGUUUUGCAACCUGUUGCUAAGCGUGUUCAACAUGCCACUAACUCUGGUCGGGCUCAUCAGCACGGGCCACCCCGGAGGCAGCGGCUGCUGCCAAAUUGUGGGUUUCCUCGACACUUUUCUUACCACUAACUCCAUGCUCAGCAUGGCAGCUCUCAGCAUCGAUAGGUGGGUGGCGGUGGUGUUCCCUCUGAGCUACCACUCAAGAAUACGGCACCGGGAUGCAGUGAUAGCGCUGGCAUACAUGUGGAUACACUCAUUUUGCUUCUCCACAGUGGCCACCUGCCGCUCCUGGGUCGGCUACCAUCACCUUUACGCAUCGUGCACACUCUGCAAUGUCAGGGCGAAGGCAGCCGGAACGCAGUUCAUCAUUUUCACCGUGGCUUGUCACUCUCUCACUUUCCUCCUCACGCUGAUCGUGUUGUGUGUAACGUAUCUGAAAGUGCUGAAAGUUGCAAGGUUUCACUGUAAACGCAUCGACGUGAUCACUAUGCAGACGCUGGUGCUGCUUGUGGAUAUCCACCCCAGUGUGCGCCAGAAAUGCUUGGAUGAGCAGAAGCGGAGGAGGCAAAGGGCCACCAAGAAGAUCAGUACGUUCAUUGGCACAUUCGUGGUGUGCUUCACCCCUUAUGUCAUUACAAGAAUUGUAGAGCUCUUCUCCCCAUGGCCCAUAAGCCCUCACUGGGGUGUGCUGUCCAAAUGUUUGGCCUACAGCAAGGCAGCCACCGACCCAUUUGUCUACUCGCUGCUCCGUCACCAGUACAGGAAGACCUGCAUCCUUCUGGCCAACAAAGUCCUUAAGAGGAGUCCACUCAACUCCUCCUCCCUCUGGAUGGAGAACAGCAUAGGGAGGAUCACCAACAAUUCCAACACAACUGACAACAUCCAACCACCUACCAACAAACCACUUGGCCAGUGAAGCACAUCACUUUCAGAGACAAUAAGGGUACUUUACCAUUCUAAUGGUGUCUUGGAUUCGAGAUCUUACUUUGAGGUUAACACUCAUGAGAAUGGGGGUAUGAGUAGAUUCACUUCCACUGGUGGUGAACAUCAAAGUGAGCUUUUCACCUAUUAUUUGUUGGUGGACAAGGCUGGCAAUAGUCUAUAUUUUUCUUAUUGUAAACAAAUCCCAUUAAAAGACCAAAAAAGACAAUAUGACUUCCCCAGCCUGUCUGUGGAACCCCAUGCUCAAGUGUUCCUACCAAAGAUAUAAGUCUUAAAAAAAGAUCACAAAUAAAUACCCUCAAUUUAAAAAAAGGCUAAACAAUUUUCUUAAACAGCUGAUCACUGCAGUUGUUUGCAACAGUUCCUAAAACAGCAGCAGAUUUGGUACACACUAGUGAAUAUUUACAGCAGCUUAUCAUUAAUUUAAAAUAAACUACAGUGCCCACCUUUAUGUUAAUGAAGGACUAUGUCACCCAGUGCAGCACUAUGUCUCAUUUUAAAUAGUUUUUGGACAAAAAUGUUGACCCAAAGCAAAAAAGAAUAAUCUAUAUAAGACUUACGGAAAUAAUUGUCAGUAGGAUCAAUGCAUUGUAAAGUUAGAAGAUACUUUAAAGGAGAAUAGACCGACCACCUUUGUAGGUUGUGUGUGUAGGUUGUAAUGGUAUUAAGUAUUUCAAUACAAUGUAACACUGUCUUUUUCUGCGAAGAGUGACCGUUUCUAAUGAGAUAAUUUGUAGCAUACUGGUAAAUGUGUGUUAAAUAGCCUGUGUAACAUGGGCAUUAUGGUAACUAAUCUGUUAAUUGUGUCAUUAAAGGCAGAAACUACAAUCCUAAUGUUAAGAGGAGUGUCGCCCUUAAACGUCAGGACAGAGGCGCUGUUAUCACUCCCAAAUGGAUUAGCAGGUCUGUGUGGACUAACACUAGACAACAUCUAAAUCUUAAGCAUUAACAUUAUUUGAUGCUGUUUUGUCAAAUCAGUAAUGUAUUAACACAAGAGUAAAACCAAGUGUAUUGUCAUUACGUCAAGUAUAGUUGUAGCCUACAUUAUAUGGUGUAUAAAAAUCACUGGUUUUCACUGGCAAGAAGGUUUACAUCCCACCUAAAAUGAAUGGCAGCAUUUCUGAAAUUCAAGCAUAACCUCUGACCUCAAGGAUGAUUCUCUAGCUGGAUAAAUUAGUAUAUGUGUUAAAGGGAUAAUAUAAAAUAGAUGGUCAUUUUUGCACACCAGUGCGCCACACUGAUGGUUUUGAAAUGACUGUAUGAUGUGAGGCCUGAGUUCUAAAGUGCCUUUUAGACUAUGAGCUCUGUGAUUUAAUCAAGAAAACCAUAAAGGAAACUUUCACAUGCUGUCAUUUCUUGUUAUUCUGUGCUGUGGUUAAGUGUGAUGAUAGAGCCUGUUAUGCAGUUUGGUCACAUUGUUUCAUCGGGCAAAACAGGGAAAAAUAUUAUUUGAAUGUAGUAGCAACUAUUCAGUGAUGUGUAAAUAACAUUCCAGUUCAUGCCGAAUGAGCAGCUUGGAAGCUGCUCAAAAAAAUGAUUUUGAUCAUUUUGACAGCACUGGCAAAUCAGGAUGUUGU